GUGAAGGUUGGUGUCUCCACAUCACACAGAACAGUGCUUGUGUGCUCUGCCAACUAUGUGGAGCUGUUUGCUUCUCCGUUUCCUCCCUGUGAUUCUUCUGCUUUCUUCAGCAGGACCUGAGGAUGUAAGGCUGGUGAAGGGAGGCAGUCGCUGUGCUGGGACGGUGGAGGUGAAUCGUGAGGGACAGUGGGGGACAGUAGUUAAUUUUUACUGGGACAUUAAUGAUGCUGCAGUGGUGUGUAGACAGCUGGACUGUGGCUCUGCUAUAUCAGCACCUCGCAGAGCUCACUUUGGAGAAGGUUCUGGACAAGAGCUUCUUACAGGAGUUUCCUGCAAUGGGACAGAGUCUACACUGUCCAUGUGUCAGUCUGAAAAUACAAAUCAAAUCAGAGCACUGGGUUUUAUUCCAGCUCCUCACAUAUAUGAUGCUGGAGUGAUUUGUUCAGGUCGUCAAAUGAUUCGACUAAUGGGUGGAGCUGAUCGCUGCUCUGGGAGAGUGGAGGUGAAAUUCAAUCAAUCCUGGGCUACACUGUGUGAUGUUGACUUUGACUGGCAGGAUGCUCAGGUGGUCUGUAGGGAGCUGGACUGUGGGGGUCCUUCAGCUCUACAAAAGGGGUCUCACUUUGGUCAAAGUGAAGGUCCCACCUGGUCUAAACACCUCCAGUGUGAAGGUCAUGAGUCCUUCCUACAUGAGUGUCUCACCUCAGACAGACCAGAGCAGAUCAGCACACAUGGAGUACAACUGACUUGUAAAGAACCUGAUGAUGUGAGGCUGGUCAAUGGAAGCAGCUCUUGUUCUGGGAGAGUGCAGGUGUUUCGUUGGGGACAGUGGGGGACAGUUUAUCACCGUAACUGGGACAUGAACGAUGCUGCAGUCGUGUGUAGACAGCUGGACUGCGGUUCUGCUGUGUCGGUACCAAGUGGAGACCGUUUUGGAGAAGGUUCUGGAAAGAUGGUCCUGGGUGAUGUUUCCUGUAGUGGGACAGAAUCUGCACUGAGGGAGUGUGGGUCACUGGAUGGGAGGGAACACAACUUACCUCAUACAUUUGAUGCUGGAGUGAUCUGUUCAGAUUUUGUCAAACUUGUGGGAGGAGCUGAUCGCUGUUCUGGGAGAGUGGAGGUGAAGUUCAGUCACUCCUGGGCUACAGUGUGUGAUGCUGACUUUGACUGGCAGGAUGCUCAGGUGGUCUGUAGGGAGCUGGACUGUGGGGGUCCUUCAGCUUUACACAGGGGGUCUCACUUUGGUCGUGGUAAAGGUUCCAUCUGGUCUAAGAACUUCCAGUGUGACGGUCAUGAGUCCUUCCUGCAUGAGUGUCUCACCACAGACAGACCACUGCAGAGCUGCACACAUGGAGUACAACUGACUUGUAAAGGAACUAUAAUGAUAUGA